GUGUAGGGCUCGCUUCAUGCCAUGAGGCAAGAUGCGGAGCAGCUCGUUCGGAAUGCCGUCUGGGCCCGUGGCUUUGUUACGAGAGAGGCCUGGUGGCGAGCGUGUGCUGGAGGGCAGCGGCAGCAGCUUCACGCUGCGCUUUGGCUCGGUCCGCCACCAACUGGCGGUGUUGGGCUUGGCAGUCCUUUAUCUGACCUCGUAUGGUGGCAGCCUCUCCUUCCGUUGUUGUGUCUGGCGCUGCACCGCCGGCUGUCAGGUCUGCCGUGGCCUCGACCAUUAUGUCCUCCAAGUGGGCGGCAGCGGCGGCCAGCUGCUUCUUGGUGAUUGGAAGCGUCACACGAGACCAGCGUGGGCUGUCUUCAGAUGUUGUUGCUGGUGGCGCUGCGGGCUGCGGUGCUUCCCAUAGGUGCAGCGCGUCAGCAGGCAGUUUUACGUGUACAGGUUUAUGGUCGAAAUUGCCCGCGACGGUACUUACGUGCUCGUGUGGGCUGGGGCACGCGGUGAGCGUUGUCGUGCACAUGAGUAUGUCAUCUAUGCGGCUGCGGUGCGUUGAGACACCAUGUUGCGUUUGUUCAUAGGACCAUUCGGCCGCUGUGGUCAUGGUGCCUCGUGCGGGUAAUAAGUCAGUUUGUGCCAGAAAGCGUUGGUGCAGUCGGUCAGCAGAGUCAAGCGGCCCUGUGCGAUCUGCAGCGUUAGCUACAGCAUUGAAGUCUCCCGCCACAACCAGGUGUUGUUCACAGGCGCUAGUGUGUGUCAGGGUGGUCUGGCAGUAAUGGUAGAUGGCCUUGCGGAUUGCCGUGUCUUCAGGCGCGUAUACACCCAGGACUGUAAGGGGCGUGCUGCCCCGUGUGCGGAUCUGAAUGUGAGACACAUAGCCGUGUAGGGUGACUGGAGGAGUGUGGUGGGUAAUGCUAUUCAGGUUACUGUACCGUGUGGACACGGCAAUGGCGACGCCGGCGCUGCCUCUUUCCGUGGUGUUACGUGGAACAGAGCUGCAAUACAAGCGGUACCCUUCAUUCAUGAAGGCUCGCUUUAGUGGGUCGUGUCGGUGGCCAAGCUUAGUUUCAGUCAAAAUCACAAUAUCGGCGUUCCAGGCAGCAAGAUUGCAGAGUGUGAAGCUCAGGUUUCCCGGGGCACCUGCGGCUGUUACUUGUGAGAGUAGGCCCCGUACGUUGUGUGUGACAACAUGUAGUGUGCGGGCCUGUGUUUGGUCUGGGCUAGGUUGUGCAGUAGUUGUGUCUUGCCGUGCUGUCGGUGCGGUUUGCUGUCGUUUGAAUAGGUCGGUGAGCGUGUUUGUGCGCCCUGUCCAGCGGGCCAGCGCUGUCCCAUUGGUGGCGGCGGCGGCGGCCAGGGCACGUAUGGUUUGUAUUUGGGCGGUUAUGUUUGGGGCGAGGCGUUGGGCAGCAUUUGUUGUGUUGUUUGGGCUUGUAGCAGUGUUCCCUUGUUCAGGUUGAGUGAUGUCUAUUUCAAUGGGGGCAUUUGUGCGGUCUGUUGGUGUUGCUGUGGGCAGUGGCCUUGCUUCUUGUGGAAAGAUGUUGUAGCAAGGGCCGAGUGUAUUGCGCACGGCCUCCAUGUCUACAGUGGAGACAGUGCCGAGGUAGUAAAUAUGGCCUUCCAUAGCACUCCAUCCAUCGUCUUCGAGGAGAGUGUUGUGGAGUGGUGUAUUUUCUGAAUCAACUAUGCGCCAUUGGCCUGCCUCAAGGCGGACUGCAUAGACAUGGGGCCGGCUAUUCAUGAGGACAUUGAAGCCGAGGCGGCGUGCCUCGCGUGGUAAUGCGGCGAGUACGGAGUCUUUGGAAUGAGGGGGAUCCCCUGGUGUGUCAAAAUGUGACACGGCGCAGCGCAUGACUAAACGCUUGUUGAGAAGUGCGUUUGCAUUCCCGAUUGUGGCGUUAUAGUAAAGGUAGUGGUUGAUGAUGCUCAUGUCAAACCUGCCGGCUUGUGUGUAGGCGUUUGCCCACCCGUCGCGGUUUGGAUGUUGCAUUUGGUUCAGUACAGCUGUUACUGCGUUGGCAUGUCUCAGCACAUCGAACGGAUCAAUCCAGGAGAAUCCUAGCAUGUUAUUUAUGGCAUGGAUGCCGCAGAAUCCGAGUUGCUGUGUCUGGCGGUAGCUUGUGUUUGAGAGGCCGGGGGGGUAAUGUAGUGGCCGUGGACGGGUCGGAUUGGUGGGUUGGGCUGUUGUUUGGCGGACAGCUGGCCGGGUCUCCCAGGCCCCCCGAAGGGGUGGUGACCUUGUGGGAUCCGGAAGUGGGGUGUGUGCCGUGGUGGGGUGGGGUGCACUUGUGAGCCACAGGGCGGCCUGACCCAUGGAGGCCGAGCCGGUGACCAUAGUCGGAACCCAUGUUUGCAGGGCGGUGCCCGGCUGGUGGUCUGUGCAGAGAGAUGGGAGGUGUGUGUACAUUGCACACAAGGUGAUUAGCAUGGCUACUGUGCCUAUGACGGCGUUUCUGUACGGCCAUAUGGCUGGUGCGGGCGGGCGGGCAAGGUGUGCGCUGUACAGGAGCAUUGCCAGGGCCAGAAUAGUGCCGUCAGUUGCAAUUGUUAGUGUGGCGAUCCCGAGUGGGAUGGCGGCUGCACUGUAGAAAAGCAUAAGGAAGCAGAGUGGAGUCAUAGCGAGGCUGAUGCAGAGCGGUCCAAUAAGUAGAGUGGUCAGCGCAGCCCCAUUGGCGUACAGCUCUGUUGCCGCUGUCCUUGUGUGUGUUUUCCUGCCAGCAGCACGUAGGUGCUUCAAGAGCAGGAAGGUAAGCGUGAUAGUAGCUAGCGCCGUUGUGCCAAUCAUGAGAGCAUUCAGCGUAAGUCGUGUGCACGCCGCUGCCCAUACUAGGAAUUGCUUUAGGGGGGUGGAGAGUCGGCUGCAUGUGGCUAGGAAUAGCUUCAGCGUCAGUGAGUGCCCUUGGUAUGCAGCUCGCACCAGCCCGUUUCCCAUCCAAUGUGCUAGGGUUAUCAUCGAGAUAUGAGCACAGAGUGAGUUCCAGUCAUGUUCAGCCUUACACACAACCACUGGGUACGGCCCAAUCAGACUCUCUCCGCAAGCAAGCGCAAUCUCAGUAGUAAACCGCAUGCUGUCCAUCCAGGCGCUCCUGGCGGUCUUCAUUGAGUCCCUUAAUAUCACCCUUAUAAGCUUAACUGCUGCGUUCUUGGUGUAUUCGAUCAUCCGG